AUGGUUAUCAAACCAGGAUUAACUGCAGAGCAGUUGAAGACUUUUGACGAUGAGGGUGUUCUUUGCAUUGAAGAUUUCUUGUCUCCAAAAGAAACUAGAGACUUACUUGACAGGUCACUUCAAUUAUUGAAGGAUUUCGAUAUCUCGACACAUCCAAAGACUCAGUUCAAGACUGGGGAAAACGAUCAUAUAGGUGAUGAAUACUUCUUUAAUUCAUCUGACAAAGUGGGCUUUUUUUUUGACACCGAUGCCUUUGAUGAUUCAGGAAAUUUGAAAUAUCCAAAGGAACUAGCUAUCAACAAAAUUGGACAUGGCUUGCAUAUGAAUGACGAUUUGUUUCAUCAAAUCACAUUUUCCGAAAAAAUAAAAGGUAUUGGAAGACUGCUUGACUUUAUUGAUCCUCGUGUUUUACAAAGUAUGUGUAUUUUCAAGCAGCCAGUUUCUAGUUCAGAGCAAGAAAGAGACAAUGCUGUUCCACCUCAUACUGACGGAACAUUCUUAUAUACGGAACCUCAAUCCGCUAUUGGUUUCUGGUUCAGCUUAGAGGACUGUACUGCGGAAAACGGGUGUCUCUCUUAUAGUCCUGGAUCACAUAAGAUGUUUCCAAUCACAAAUAGAUUUGUUAAGGUCAACGAUGGCAAAGAUGGAUGCAACUUCAUUUCUGUGGAUAACGAAUUAAAUAAAGAAUCUAAGUCCUCGGAGAUCCCAGACUAUUAUAAGAUGGUGGAAUGCAAGGCAGGUUCUCUAAUUCUCAUUCAUAAUUCAGUUCUUCACAAGUCAGAAAAAAACAGGUCGUCGAAAUCUCGUUUUGCCUAUACUUUUCAUGUCAUAGAUGGUAAAUGUAAAUAUGAUAAACUUAAUUGGUUGCAAGUACCUCCUGGUCCUUCGGGAGGAACUCAAUUCACCAAAUUGUUUGAGGAAAUAUAG